ACAACUGAGCUAUCUGCAGUAGGAAGGAGCUAUGGAACAAAAUUCUUCCCAUGAAAUUUCGGAUCUAACAUCCCAAAUGGCUAAAACAGAUUUGAAAGGCAAGAGUCCUAUGAAAAUAAUCACUAUUUCUUCCUCAGCAACAAACAAAGGACUAUCGCAGUUUAAGAAUGCGUUAAUAGGUCAGUACUUCACUGUAAAACCCACAACUGCAUUCAAUAUGUAUCAUGAUGCAAGGAAUACCAUAUGGAAAGAGCUUGAGGAUUUUUCAGUCAAGUAUCAUGAUGAAAAGCAAUUUAUGUUUAAUUUUGCAAACAACAAAUAUUAUAACUUUGUUAAGAACCGUGAUUCCUGGAUAAUUGAAGGAAGCCUCCUUCUAUUAAAAGAAUGGUCACCUUUAAUAAUAUGAAGAAAAUAUCAGUUUACUCAUCAAUGGAUGUUGGUUCAAGAAAAAGGUCUCCCUUAUGAAUUUCAGAAUGAUGUAACUCCAAAGGAAAUUGGAAAUCUUAUUGGCAACUGUGUUGAAAUAGACCCUCCAAAUGGUUGUCCAAAAUUUGCUAAGAAGGUCAGAGCUCGCAUCUACCUAGAUAUUAAGACUUCCUUGAGGAAAAAAAUCAAUGUUCAAACAACAUCGGGGUCUAUCACCACUAUAAAACUCCAUUAUGAAGGUCAGCCAAGCUCUAUUUGCCAGGAAUGUUGGGUCAUAGACCAUGAUAAUAAUCGGUGUGAGAAAAAGGCACAAGAUCUUUUACAAUUUGAGAAAAUUGUAUAUUCUUUUGGUACUCUAUUUCCUCAACCAGAGAGUUCUCAGGACCCACAACAAGCUGCUGCUAUAGACAGUCCAAUUAUAAAUCAGACUACCUCUUCAGAUAGUCUUAUUGCUCCAGUUAUUCCGGAGGAACCAAUGAAUCUGGAUCAGACUCAAGGUAACAGAACUAUAUCCAGCGAUAGCUCCAAAUACUCACCGGUCUCACUUGGUUCAAGAAAAUGGAAAAGAAUUCGACGAGAAGAUGCAUCUCCAGAUAGUAAUGAGUUCAAAGUACCCCAUAUUUCACAUGUAGCGACUCAUGCUUACUUUGGAAAACCUAUUGAUCAUUGUAUUCCUCAACCUCAACAUGCUAAUAUACAAGAUGAGUCCAUUAGAAGCUGUCCCAGUGCUGGAAAUCAUGAAAGCCUAUCUGAACAGCAAGGGGAAAGUUUAGAACAACUGGAAAUUGACUCUGGAGAUAAAAUUGGAACUGGAAAACAGGAAACAAUAGAUACAAAUUGGAAACAACCAGUACAAGGCUCCGCUGCAUAUAGAUUGGCUAUGAAACUGAAGAAUACCAAAUCAAACUUGAAGCUUUGGAAUCACACACAUUUUGGUCAUAUCAAAGUACAAAUCAGUAAUAUCAAGCAACAAAUUAGCGAAGCAUCAACACAAACAGAUUUCUUUGCUUCACAACAAUAUAAGAAUCUUGUUCAAGAGCUUCAAGAGUGGUACCACAGAGAAGAGCAAUUUUUCUGGCAAUAGUCAAGGGAUAACAUUCUGCUGGAUAGUGACGGCAAUACUUCAUUCUUUCAUUCUCAAGUGAACUUCAGAAAACGUCAAAACUCUAUAGAAGCUUUGAAAGAUGAUAUUGGAAUCUGGCACAAUGACCGUAGUGAGAUAGAAAUUAUUCUGGUUACACAUUUGAGAAAAAUUAGUAUAUCAAAACAUCCACAACAUGAUCCUGAGCUACUGCAACUAAUCCAACCAUGUAUAACAGAUGAAGAUAAUGAACUUUUUCUCCAAGUACCCACGAAAGAUGAGUUCAAGGGUGUUUUCUUCCAAAUUCCUGCAUGGAAAGCUCCAGGUGCAGAUGGAUUUCAGGAUGGUUUUUGUCAGCAUAGUCGGAAAACGAUAGCAACACAUUUGGUAGACAUGAUACAGGGUUUUUUCAAGACUAAACACUUGUUGAAACAGUUAAGCCAUACGUUUCAAACACUCAUACCCAAGAAUGAUUGUCCUCAAUCCCCUGUAGACUACCGUCCUAUUAGUUUAUGUAAUCUAUCAUACAAGAUUAUAUCCAAACUAAUGGCGAAUAGAUUAAAACCUAUACUGAACAGGAUAAUCUCUCCAACUCAGUCUGCAUUUGUAUCUGGAAGAUGUAUCAAUGAUAACAUUAUCAUCGCACACGAGAAAAUCGACACUAUGCGAAGAAGCAAAUUGGAGAAACACUCUUUAGCAAUAAAGUUAGAUACGUGAAAGGCAUUCGACAGGGUGGGCUGGAGCUUUCUUCUCCAAAUUAUCAGACAGUUUGGGUUUGCUGAGGACUGGUGUAACCUUGUGGAGCAAUGUAUAAGUACGACUACGACUAUUCUCUUAAAUGGACAACCUUGUGAGAGCUUUAAACCUUCUUGUGGAUUACGAGAAGGUGACCCACUCUCUCCAUAUUUAUUCAUAUUAUGUAUGGAAGCUUUUUCAAUACUUUGAACCGAUGUAGAGUUAAAUAACAAAAUUCAUGGAGUAAAGGCAGCAACAUCAAG